GGGAGACAACUUGUGUUAUACACGAACGAACGACGAAACGGGAAGGGGUGUUAGUGGCUGAGCCAAAUUACUACAUUGAAACUCGCAGAAGGUUCCUCAAAUAUGGCUUCACGUCUUGUUGAGUUCUAUGAACGGAUUGCCAAAGAUUUGGAUCGCACCAUGGACUUCUGGCUAAAGCAUUCGCAUGAUGAAACUUAUGGGGGAUUUUUCAAUUGCCUCAGUAAAGAUGGGAAGGUGUAUGACCGUUUAAAACACGUCUGGUUACAGGCAAGACAGAUCUGGACAUAUUGUCGCCUUUACAACGAAGUGGACAGGUUCCGACGACAAGAUAUACUGGAGGCAGCUUUGAAAGGAAUGAAUUUUCUUCAAAAAUACGCCAAGGAUCCCCAGACUUGGAAGUGCCACUUGGUGCUGACCGAGGAGGGCAAAGCGGUGAAGACACAGCGUUCCAUCUUCUCCGAGUGUUUUUAUCUGAUGGCACUGUCGGAGAUGGGCAGAGCGAGCGGGGAAAAGACAUAUAUGAUAGAGGCCUUACAGAUGAUGGAGAAGAUCGUGCACUGGGUUCGCGAGGAUGACACAGACUUGGGACGCCCUGCGAUGGAAGGAGCGGUGCCCACUAGUUCCCUCGCUGUUCCCAUGAUGCUCCUUUGUCUAAUCGAUCAGCUGGAAUCUGUGGACCCAACCCUUGAAACCAAAUAUAGGGAUCUUACAGGAUGGUGUCUGACCGAAGUUAAGAAACACGUUCAGAGGGAUGGCACAGUUAUAUUAGAGAAUGUCAGUCCAGACGGAGAGGAGCUCCCGGGGUGUAUGGGGAGGCUGAUGCUACCAGGUCACUCCAUCGAGGCUGGCUGGUUCCUACUGCAAUACGCCAUCACCAAGGGCAACGACGAUGUGAAAAAGAUGGCCAUAGACAAGUUCAUACUCAACCCUUUCCAUUACGGCUGGGACCAAACCCAUGGAGGACUGAUGUACUUUUUGGACGUAGACAACUGGUCACCCACACAGCUCGAGUGGGACAUGAAACUAUGGUGGGCUCACAACGAGGCCCUCAUAGCAUUCCUCAUGGUGUAUAAAGAAACAGGCGAUACCAAAAUGAUUGAUAUCUUUGCGAAGAUAUUUGACUACAGCUAUUCCCACUUUGUUGAUGAAGAAAAUGGUGAAUGGUAUGGUUAUCUCAAUCGAAAUGGUGAAAUCAGCAUGGACUUCAAGGGUGGCCCUUGGAAAGGGUGCUUCCAUGUUCCUCGUUAUCAGAUGAUGUGUGAAAAGAUGCUUAAGGAACUCGCAAAAUAAAGCCUCGCAAAGAGUCAACAUAACCUAUUGUUGAUAACUGCCAGACAGAAGUUUUUAGAAUGAAUUUCAAAAGUUUUAACAUUGCUAUCAUUUUGUAACAAUGUAACAUUGUUAAAAUUUUGUGGAAGUUUUGUUCUUGUUCAAAACUGUUGACAGAUAAUAGGGCCACUAUUGACAUUUUAAUUCAUUACCAGCAUUAGUGGAACAUAUCAUCUCUAAUUACAGAUUAACAAAAUCAGCAUAUUCUAAUAUCGGAAGUGUACCAAUCAUUAAUUAUGAUAUCAUUUGACUAACUAUUGUAUUAAGUUUCAGCAAAUGUUUUGAUACAUUAUGAAUUGUAGCAUCAACCAUCUUGACAUGGUUUGGUUUUUCUCUCUCCAUUUUCAGACACAACAACAGCAUUGUAAAUACACAAAUGAAAUUUGAACAAAAAAGAUAUAAGUAGUGUUUUAAUAAACAGUGAUAUUUUAAGUAAAUGUUUAUUAUGAAGCGUGAAAAAGUGAGGACUGAAUACAACCCAGUUGAAUAAGAAUUUCUCUUAAUUUUGAGAUCAUUUGGUAACACAGCCGAAAUGUAACGACCAAAAAUACAGGAGAUUGUUUGUAUGGACAGCAUAGUCUCCAACAACAUUGUUGAAAACAGCAGAUUUAUUACAUGGACUUACAAGUUACACAUAUACAAAACAAAACAUAACUGUUGUACUGUCUCCAGAAGUCAUGGAUACCACAUCUUACAGCCAGAGUGGAUCAAGGUCAAAUGUAACUAACUCAACAGUAAACUAACAAAAGGCCUUGAAAAUGGCUUCAGUCGAUUUACAAAUUUUGUAGCACCCCAUGGCAACAGUUACUGUCAACCAAACGACACUAUAGACAUUUGGUUCUUCAGAAGGUACUCAGUGAUUUAACAAAUUGGACCCCUUGCACAUUGAAUAGAUCAUUGUCUUUUCUUUAAAUAAUCUUUAGCCAUUUACUGUAUCAAAACCAUAAGCCUAUCUGAACAAGCUGUGUAUAUCCCUGUGAUUGGCAGUAGAAAAUGGCAAUAUUUACCCAAAUAUUUUACAGGAGUCAUAGAAAGCUGUUAUUAAAGUAUGAUAAGCAUGUA